GCGUGUUGGUCUGGAGGGGGUGACAAACAACAGAUCAGAGCAUGGAUGUGGGCCUGACGCAAAUGCAGAGGAGUUUGGCUGAUUACAGGAACUCCAUGUUGAGAGAGGGUGUUCUGGAUUCUCAGUACUUACAGCUUCAGGAACUGCAAGAUGAGAGCAACCCAGGUUUUGUAGUGGAAGUGUUGUCUCUUUUCUUGACUGAUUCUGAGAAGCUGCUCCAUGAUCUCUCCACCGAUCUAGUUCAGCGAAAUGUGGACUUCCAAAGGGUAGACGCUCAUGUUGACCGGUUAGAGGGCCGCAGUCGUAGCAUAGGAACACCGAGGCUUAAGAAUGCCUGCAUAGCCUUCCGCAACCUCCGCAACUCCUGUCAGGAGAAAAACAUUCCUGGGUACCUGAAAUGUCUGGAACAAAUGAGACAAGAAUUCUUCCUUGUGAAAAGCAAGCUCGAAACUCUUUUCAAUCUGGAGCAACAAGUUGUGGCUGCUGGUGGGUCGAUCCCAAAACUGCAAUCAAGCUUUUGAUAGGCAAUAGUGGGCAUGUUUUGAAGAAGAUAAAGACGAAGAAGCUUAUAGAAGCUAAUAUGAUAGAUACUUGGGCUCAGCAUUUGUAAUGUUAGUAACUACUAAGCUUGAAUGCUAGUAAUCAAGCUUAAAAGGUUUUUAGUUUUUCAUAGGAUCCAA